AUGGCUAAAAAUUCAAAAUUUCAUACACUGGGCUUGGACCCUAAAAUAAUUGCAGCACUUGACACGCUGGGUUUUGAAACACCGACUCCAAUCCAAGCACGUGUUAUUCCCUUAGCGCUAAACAAAAAAGAUAUUGUCGGCUGUGCUCAAACAGGAACCGGAAAAACAGCUUCUUUCUUGCUUCCUCUUUUACAUCACCUCUUAAAAUCCUCUGGCCGCGCCCUUAUGCCAAGAGAGAUCAUCCUGGAACCCACCCGAGAACUCGCACUCCAGGUCCAAAAAGCAUUCAAAGAUUUUUCUCAAAGAACAUCGUUAAAAUCCUGCCUGCUUAUUGGUGGAGAAUCCCUCCUUAAACAAGAAAAAGAACUCGCUCAAGGCCCAGAUGUUUUAAUCGCAACACCAGGUCGGUUUUUAGAUCUAUUUGAAAGAGGCCGUCUUCUUCUUGCGCAAACCCAAUUUUUGAUUAUUGAUGAAGCAGAUCGCAUGUUAGAUAUGGGUUUUAUUCCCGAUGUAGAACGCAUUGCAAAGUCGUUGCCAAAUCCACAACGACACACGCUGCUUUUCUCUGCAACAAUGCCUGCUCCGAUCCGAAAGCUCGCAGAUCAAUUUUUGAAAGCCCCAGAAGAAAUCACAAUUUCUCCUCCAGCCACAACAGCAGAAACCAUUGACCAAUUCUUACUGAAUACAACCCAAAAAAAUAAAAUUUCAGAUCUCACACAACUGAUUGUGCAAGAAUCUCCAAAAAAAUCGAUUGUCUUUUGUAAUCGUAAACGCGAUAUCGCAAAUGUGCUCAAAAGUCUCCAAAAACACGGACUCUCCCCUUUGGAACUCCACGGAGACUUGUCUCAAAAAAUCCGAUCAGAAACUUUAGAAAAUUUUCAUAAAACUCCUUCUGCUCUUUUGAUUGCUAGCGAUGUCGCUGCCCGAGGAAUAGAUGUCAAAGAUCUGAC